AUUCAAUAUGGUGCUAAAAGGAAUUAAAGUUGUAGAAAUGAUGGGGUUAGCUCCUGGGCCAUUUUGUGGUACUAUUUUAGCAGAUUUUGGUGCUAGUGUGACUGUAGUUCAGAAGUUGGAAGCUUCAUCUUUGGAUGUCAUGUCUCACGGGAAAAAAAUGAUAUCGGUGAACUUGAAAACCGAGAAAGGGGUGGAUGUCGUAAGAAGGCUGUGUGCUAAAUCAGACGUGUUGAUAGACACUUUCAGACCUGGUGUAAUGGAAAAAUUAGGAUUAGGCCCUGAAAACCUUUUAAAAGAUAAUUCCCGGCUUAUAUAUGCCAGACUAUCCGGCUAUGGACAAGAUGGAAACUACAGGAAUAAAGCUGGCCAUGACAUUAAUUAUGUUUCCAUAUCGGGUAUACUAUCCGCUUUGUGUAAGAGAGGAGAACCCCCAGUGCCGCCCCUUAAUCUUCUCGCAGAUUUUGCGGGAGGAAGUUUAAUGUGUGCUUUUGGUAUCGUAUUAGCACUUUAUGAAAGGGUCAAGUCAGGAAAAGGUCAAGUUAUAGAUGCCAGCAUGACAGAAGGAGCAGGAUAUUUAGCUACAUGGAUAUUUAAGUCAAAAAAUCUGCCUAUAUGGUCAGGUGAGCCAGGAACUAAUGCGCUUGAUGGGGGUUUAGCAUGUUACAGAACAUACAAAACGAAAGAUAACAAGUUUAUGGCAGUGGGAGCUCUGGAGCCUCAAUUUUAUACUAACUUUUUGGCAGGACUUCAGUUAUCUGAGGAUGUAUAUGGACAGUUUAGUGAUUUAGAACAUUGCACUAAAAAGUUUGAAGAAGUAUUCUUGACGAAGACACAAAUAGAGUGGUGCCAAAUAUUUGACGAAUUAGAUGCCUGUGUUACACCCGUAGUUGACCUACAAUCUGCUGAUGAAAACGAUUGUAAUAAGUCAAGACAUUCUUUUUAUAGAAAUAGUGACAAUGAAUUAAUACCAGAAGCAGCUCCAAAAUUAUCACGCACACCAGGACAAUCUGUUGGCCGUGAGCCUUUACCAGGACCAGGACAACAUACAAUAGACAUUUUAAAAGAGCUAGGAUUUACAAAUAUAGAAAUAAAUAAACUUAUCACAGAGGGAUGUGUUUAUGCAAAGAAAAAGUCUAACUUGUGAUAGUUAUAAAAUCAUAGAAAUAGAUUUUUUGAUUUUGAUAAAAUCGGAUUCUAUGUCUGGUGAUAUACAGUUAUAAGAAAAUAUGGGAUGGUUUUGGAUUAAAUUCAUUACUUUA